AUGUGGGAAAUCGAUCAAUGCUUCCUCUUACAGUUAUCGACAGAACACGACGGUGUCGAAGGACUAUGCCAGAAGCUGAAGGUGGACCCGGUUCGCGGAUUGCCGAACAGCGCCGCCGAACUCGACCGUCGUCGCGCUGCAUUUGGCGCGAACACAAUCCCGCCAGCGAAAAGCAAAAGUUUUGCACGCCUCGUCUUCGACGCUUGUCGUGACCCAACCCUUAUUAUUCUUGUUGUAUCUGGCUUUGUAAAUUUGGCGCUUUCCUUCUACGAACCUGAAGUGCAAAGUCCUGUCGAUGAAGAGAUGGUCACCACGGCUGCCUCUGUUGUUGCUGGCUUUUUAUCGAAUAGUACACUUGGAUUUGAUUUGCUCAACUCUACUCUAUCUCUGAAUGGAACUACUGUAGUACCUCCGACUGAAGGACAUAACACGGCUUGGAUUGAAGGUGUUGCGAUUCUGCUUUGUGUUGUCGUUGUUGUUCUGGUGACUGCCGGUAACGAUUACUCCAAAGAGAGACAGUUCCGAAGUCUUCAGGAAAAAAUCGAGACUGGUCAAAAGUUCUCGGUGAUACGUGACGGCGAAGCGAUCGAUGUACCAGUGUCCGACCUAGUCGUGGGUGAUGUCGCUCGAGUCAAAUAUGGAGAUCUCCUACCAGCCGACGGUUUCCUUCUUCAAGGCAACGACCUCAAGAUCGAUGAGUCCUCGCUUACUGGUGAGUCGGAUCAUAUCAAAAAGACUGUAGAAUCGGAUCCUGUGCUGCUUUCGGGUACUUAUGCAAUGGAAGGUUCUGGUAAAAUGAUAUUGACCGCUGUCGGUGUGAACUCUCAAACGGGUAUCAUUAUGACGCUUCUCGGUUCUGGCAAGCCAGGUAUUGGUGGGGCAGACGACAAUUCCACGUCAAGUAGGUCCUUUUCAAGCUCAAUUCUGACAUCGCAAUCUCUCAUUCCUACCGUAAUCCUGACAACGUGCACUUCAGCUUCAUCGAGUUCGUCCAGCUCUUCGUCAAGCUCGAGCUCAUCGUCUCAUUCAACGAAUUCGAGUGACGAUGAUGACAGUCUCUCGGCGAAGUCCGUGCUGCAGUCAAAACUCUCCCAACUGGCGUUACAGAUCAUUUACUGCGGAACAACCGUUGCUGGAGUCGCCUUGAUCGUACUAAUUACGAGAUUUUGUAUUGAACACUAUGUGCGCGAUGGAAUUCCGUUCAGCAUAUCAGAUAUUCAGAUGUUCGUCAAAUUCUUCAUCAUAGCCGUAACGAUCCUGGUUAUAUCUAUUCCUGAAGGGCUUCCGCUAGCCAUCGCAUUAGCAUUGACGUAUUCCGUGAAAAAGAUGAUGCAUGACAAUAAUCUCGUACGCCAUCUGGACGCAUGUGAGACUAUGGGCAAUGCGACGUCGAUCUGCUCGGACAAGACCGGAACACUGACUACGAACCGGAUGACCGUCGUGGACUCCUACAUCAAUGGUAAUGGAAUCGCCUAA